ACAGGUCGAAAUUAACUGCAUCUUUGCAUUGAGGAGUAACGGAACAGAUGGAAAUGAUGCAUUCCUUAUUUUGGCUCCUGGCUCUUUUGCACACAAUAUGUCCGGGACAAGCUUGGUUGGCAGGCAACUUACUUAUGACAGGACCAAAGGCCUAUCUCACCUAUACAAGAAGCGUGCAGAUUGGCGCACAGAGCGGCAUUGAGGAGUGCAAACACCAGUUUGCGUGGGACAGAUGGAACUGUCCUGACAGCGCAAUCCAGCUCAAAGGCCUGAGGCGAGCCACCAGAGAGUCAUCUUUUGUCCACGCCAUCAGUGCAGCGGGGGUCAUGUACACUCUGACCAGGAACUGCAGUCUCGGAGACCUCGACAACUGUGGCUGUGAUGUUUCCAGGAACGGGAAAAUUGGCGGUCGUGGCUGGCUGUGGGGUGGCUGCAGUGACAACGUGGAUUUUGGGGAGAGGAUUUCCAAACAGUACGUGGAUGCGCAGGAGACUGGUCAGGACUCCAGGGCUGCCGUCAACCUGCACAACAACGCGGCCGGGCGCUUGGCAGUGAAGGCAACCAUGAAGCGUAUCUGUAGGUGCCAUGGCAUGUCUGAGAGCUGCAGUGUCCAAACCUGCUGGACGCAGCUGUCUGAAUUCAGAGAAGUCGGAAACUACUUGAAGCUCAAGCACAAUCAAGCGCAGAAGCUGGACAUCGACAAGAAGCGCAUGCGGGCCGGAAACAGCGCGGACAACAGAGGAGCUAUCGUGGACGCGUUCAGCAGCGUCGCCCCCACAGACCUCAUCUACCUGGAGGACUCCCCGGAUUACUGCAGGAGGAACACCAGCCUGGGUCUGUACGGCACAGAGGGCCGGGAGUGUGUGCAGCACGGAGAGGCUCUGAGCCAGUGGGAGAGGCGCAGCUGCCGUAGGUUGUGUCAUGAGUGCGGCCUGAGGGUGGAGGAGAGGCGCACAGAGGUAGUGAGCAGCUGCAACUGCAAAUUCCACUGGUGCUGCACGGUGAACUGUGAGGACUGCUCCCAGGUUAUAGUGAAACAUGUGUGUGCAAGGAGGGAGGGAGAUGGACACAGCUUCAGACGGAGAUACCACCGGGGACCCAGUUCCCUGUCUAAGUCAGUAAAUAUGUAAAAUAAGGGCCCAUAAAUAUGUUGAAUGUCUGUUUGCACUUUUCAUCUAACUCCA